AUGGAACAACCACCUUACCCAAUUUGGCCUGUGCCUCAACAUGAAGAUGACUCACUAGAGAGCAGCCCGAGCACUUCCACCAUACAAGUCAGCAGUGAAGAUCUAGUGAAGACCAACACCAUCAAUUACUUACGAUGCCAUCUACAAAGUGAUAGCAGCAUCAAUGACAAACUGCAUGCAAGAAACUGCAUGACAAAACAGCAACUCCUGGCUACCAUCCGCCAAAUGCACCAAUUUCUCAAAGGCCAGGAAACACGGUUUGUUGAGGGACUACGCAUAAUGAAACACCGACUCACAACUCUGCAGAACACUGUGACUAAAGCUAUCCCAGACCCUCAAACUGUGUUCUGUCCUAGAUUGGAAGCUCCAGUGAAUGGCAAAAAAUUUGGCACAAAGAAUUUGGUGGGACAUGAAGUCCAUUUUAACUGUGAUCCUGGAUUUCAGCUUGUUGGUUCCAAUUCUCGAGUGUGUCAGCCAAAUGGCAGCUGGACUGGAGAAGUUCCACACUGCAAAGAUAUUAGUCUGUGCGCAAAUCAAUGCCGAAAUGGAGGAACAUGUAUAAAGACAGGUGACCAGGUUCAAUGCAUUUGUUCACAAGAAUGGACCGGCCCCAAUUGCCAGUAUGAAACCCAGACAGUACCUCCAGCAUGGAGCAUAACAAAUGACCCAGCUUUCAGUCGCAAGCCGCGGUGUGCCCAAUUAGAUCGAAUGCAACACUGCCGCUGUGAAGCGGGCUUCCAUAUGAGUGGCACUACAGAAGACAGUAUUUGCCAGGAUGUGAAUGAAUGUGAAAUUUACAAGCUGGAGGGAGCCUCUCGUCUGUGUAUGCAUGCUUGCAUCAACACUCCUGGCUCUUACCACUGCUCCUGCCCGCCUGGAUACAAGCUCUUCAAUGAUGGGAAAAACUGUGAAGAUAUAGAUGAAUGUGCACUUUCAUUGCACAGCUGCAUUAGGGGAACAACAUGCAUUAACAUCGGAGGAAGCUUUCAGUGUGUCAAGCCAGAGUGUCCCCAGAGUGGUGGAAAUGUCAGCUAUGUGAAAACAUCAUCCUUUCAAUGUGAACGGAAUCCAUGUCCUAUGGACAGCAGACCAUGCCAUCAAGCCCCCAAGACAAUCUCCUUCCAUUAUCUCCCUCUGCCAUCCAAUCUUGCCACUCCCACUCCUCUCUUCCGCAUGGCAACUGCUUCGGCACCCGGACGACCAGGUCCUGACAGUUUGCGGUUUGGGAUUAUAGGAGGAAACAGCCGAGGACAUUUUGUGAUGCAACGCUCGGACAGACAGACUGGAGAACUCAUGCUGGUACAAAGGCUACAAGGGCCUCAGACCAUAACAGUGGAGGUUGAGAUGUCCGAGUAUCUCGAUCGCACCUUCCAAGCUAAACAUGUUUCCAAAAUUACCAUCUUUGUAUCAGUUUAUGAAUUUUAAAGAAAGUUGGUUCAGCAUGGGAGGAAAAACAAUUUUUCAUCAGAAACUUUCGUUUGGUUUCACCAUUGGCUCCCAUGUCAAAGACUCUAGAAUUACGUAAGAAUGGCAUCAAGCAUGGCUUGGCUUUCUCACCUGAAUUAACAUUGUCCACUUCUUUUCAGCAUUGCUGGCAUGUAGCCUUUCUGCUUCUAUCCUAACACACCUUUAGAUGACUCGAAGCCCUUCAAAGAAGGGGAGAAUAGCAGUGUAACCUAUCUAUCAAUUAUUGUUGCUCCAGCCACACUUUAUACCCCAUCUAGCUUCAACCUACUCUUUGUGAGCCAAUGCAGCAUAUUGUACAUAUAGAUAGCCUGCCUUUAACAAGACUACCUGCAUUCCAAAAAAAAAAAAACCCUAUAAGAAAGGAGAAUAUAAGAUCCUUCUGUGGACAAUGUGCCUAAGCAACUAUAUUAUCACAGUAAGAGAGGUCAUUCCUAUUUUGUAACAUUGCUACAUAACAUUAAAUGUUGAUUUGCUUGGAAAACAGAUGCCUAUCAAUGGAUAAACCAUGGAGGUAAAUCUGAUUUUUAUCAGAUUUGCUGCUCUAGUCCAACAUGCAUUUAUUCUUUUCUAAUAAAUGCAUGUUGGACUAGAGCAGCAUUUCUCAAGCUUGGCAACUCUGGAUGUCUGGAUUUCAAUGUCCAAAAUUGUCCAGCCAGCAUCUUAAAGUUGUCCAGAUUGUGAAAUAGUGGACUAGGUGCACAUUUCCCUAACAGAAGUGUUGUACUUCAGGAUCAUAAAGCUUGGAAGAAAUUAAUUGUUGCU